UCACAGGUUAUUUAACGUUUGAUAUGACGGGUACGAUUCGAAUGAGCGAUUGAUGUAAAAUGAUUGAGAAAUUCAUAAAAUUAAAUAAAAAUGGGUCAUAGAUUAAUGACUAUUUAUAAUUUGUUAAAAGCAGAGCAGAUCGGACGCGACGGAGUCUCUGCUAAGAAAAUUAUCGAUAGGGUGUGUGCUGAAUAUAAUAUAAAUCUAGGCAAAGGUAUACGUCGUCAAGUAUUGACUGCUCUGCGACGAGGCGUUGAUUAUGGAAUUCUAACGAAAACAAGAAAUAAAUAUAGGUUCGAUCCGACAUCCUCUAUGGUGGCUGGUUGGAAAAGUCGAAAAUCCAAUAGACGCGUAAGACGUAAAUCGAAAGUCAAGGCAAAAGCUAAUAAGCGCAGAGAAAGAAAAAAAGAAGGACGUAAACGAGUGAGAAGUAAUUCGGAACGUCGUGAAAAAGUUCCAAGACCAAGAGUACCACCCGCACCAACAUGGACGGCAAAGAAACGAAAUUUACUGGAGGAAGUCUUGCCAAAAGUGAGAAAAUAUUCUUCACCAAAAUAAUUUUCCCCAAAUUUCAAUUUGACGUAUUACAAAUUUAAUG